AUGACAGUUACACAAAGAAGGACAUUUAAAGAAUCACGAAAGAAGGAUAAGAAGGCUUCAUUUUUAAUUUUUCAAGGUGUUGAUGAAUCAACCUUUGAAAAAAUAUCUGAUGCAAAGUCAUCAAAUGAAGCAUGGGAGAUCUUGCAGAAAUCCUACCAAGGAGUUGACAAAGCCAAAAAAGUCCAAUCACUUAGAGCCGAGUUUGAGAACUUGAAGAUGCAAAGUGGAGAACCAGUCACAGAUUAUGUCUCACGAGUGCAAAAGGUGGCCAAGGAGAUGAAAAGAAAUGGAGAAGAAGCCAAAUACUGGUCAGUUAUCUCUAUUGAGGAGCUUGUGGGUUCUCUUCAAGCUCACGAGCAAAGAAUGAUGUUGAAUGAAGGCUUUAGCAGUUUGGAGCAAGCUAUGCAAACCAAGUUGUGUCUUGAUGGAAAACAAGCCAGGAGAAGCUUUGUACCUAUUAGAGGAAAUUGUAGAGGAUUUAGAGGAGGCUUCAAUACCCGAGGAGGAUUUAACAUUCGAGGUGAUCAUGGUGGAUAUGACCAAACAAAUAAAGAUUUCAGACCGAUACAACAAUAUAUGGACGUGGUCAAGGAAUAUGGUAAUCUCAACUAUGAAUGUAGAGAUGCUGCUAAAGUUGCAGAGAAAAGUAAUUAUACCAGAAAUGACAAAAAAGCUGAUGAACCGGCCAUGUUGUUCACUUACAAAGGCAAUGAAGAUAUUAGCAAGGAUGUCUGUAUUGGCCAGCUUCUAGAGAAAGGAUAUGAUAUACACUUGAAAAAUAACUCUCUUAUCAUAAGAAAUCAAAAGGGAGAGUUGAUUGCGAAAGUUGAUAUGACAAGAAAUUGCCUCUUCAAGCUGAAUAUCCAGUCGCAAGCAAUAAGAUGCAUGAAGUCAUUCAUAAAAGAUAGUUCAUGGUUGUGGCACCUCAUAUUUGGUCAUCUUGGAUUUGCUAGCUUGAAUCUGUUGUCAAAGGCAAAGAUGGUAAGCAGAUUACCACAAAUAAAUCAUCCAGAUCAAUUGUAUGAAAGCUGCAUGAAAGGAAAGCAGCACAUACAAAGUUUUGAAGUUGGAAAAUCAUGGAGAGCUAGAAGACCAUUGCACCUAGUUCACUCAGAUAUUGGUGGUCCAUUUGACAUUCCAUAA